AUCCGGGGUGCGGCGCGUGCUGGGCACCCCGACACAUUUCCCAGGCCAGGACCGUCCUGGGAAAACCUUUGGCCAGGUGGCAACUAGUGUUACCAGCUUGGAAAUGCAAAAACAAACCAACAAACCCAGAUCGGCUCCCCUCCCUAAAGCAAGCCGGCCCCAGCCACAGCCACAAGGCAGCUCCCUACCCCCACCCUUCAACAGCUCCCUAUAGUGUCUGGAGCCAGAUCCCCUAGAGAUAAUAACAGGGCAUGUCUCCGUAUGACGCAAACCCGCUUGCGCGCUGGAGGGCAGCCAGGUGCUGUAUUUUCAGUGGUUAUCACUUACUGCGACGUUCCCACUCCCGCAGGCUGCUGGAGCCCUGGGCCCACAGAAAGAUGGCGAACAUCGGUGACCUGCCCGAAGAUGUCCUGGUGGAACUCUUUUCCCUGGUCCCUGCCCGGGAGCUGAUCUGUAACUGCCAGCUGGUCUGUGUCCUCUGGCGGGAUGUGAUCAACUUAGCCACUGUGUGGAAACGCAAGUGUCAGCGGGAGGGCUUUAAUCAUGAGAAGUGGGACAAGACUAUCCAGGACUGGAAGAUCUUCUAUUUCCUCUGCAGCCUGAAGAAGAACUUACUCAAAAAUCCUUGUGCUGAAGAGAGCUUUCAGUUCUGGACUCUGAAAUCGAACGAGGGAGAUGAAUGGAAAGUCGAGGAUCUGCCUGGGGAACACGGGCGAGACUUUCCCAGCCCACACGUGCGCAAAUACUUUGUCACCUCUUACGGGCAGUGUCUAAAGGUUCAGCUCAUUGACCUAAAGAAAGAGGGUUACUGGGACCAGCUGAUGGAUGAAAUACGGCCUGAUAUUGUAGUCAAGGACUGGUAUGCUGCCAGGUUUGACUGUGGGUGCCGUUAUGAACUCCGUGUGCAGCUGCUCUCUGCAGACUACAUCGUCCUUCACGAGUUCUGUCCCGAACCAGUGGUCAUAGAGCAGUGGAGUGAUGCAGAGUGGAGAGAGAUCUCUUACACCUUCCACAACUACAAGGCUGGAGUUCGUCACAUCUUGUUCGAACACGGAGGAAAGGACACCCAGUACUGGGCAGGAUGGUACGGGUGCAGAGUGACGAACAGCAGCAUCACCAUUGAGCCGGGAGGUCACCGUAGAGAGGCCACGAGCCAGACUCCGGCUCGUAGCACUUGAGGUAAUCUGCGUGAGCUCUUCCGGUUCAGACUUGGGGUGGCGUCAGACAUUUUUUUUUCCGCUCUGUCCCCAGCCUCUCCGUGACUGUAUUUUCAUACCCUGGCUGGAAUCUGCAGAGCAAGUGCUCCUGGUUGACACCAAGCCUCCUACAAGCUCUGCCCUCUGAAAUGACUUGUCUUCUCUGGGACUCCAUUUUAACCUCCUGCAUCUCGCACCAGGGACAUCAGCCAGGCCAAGCAGCCGAGUGUCUUUCCCACAGGAGGGAGUAUGCUCCGGGGCUACGGUCCGCUAAGAAAUCAGCCUCUUCUAAAAGGCCUGGCCUUGGCUGCGGCACAGGCACCAGAGUCCCCAGCAGCACCUCUUUAAAGGAGACCUUCAAAGGGGGCAGGGACUGAGGGUUGUGCCUGUGGGUUUCUAUAGAACAUCUGACAGGUUGAAGAGCUUGGGGGGGAGGCAGAACUGGCUGCUACUACCACUGUACCCUGACCCAGAAGCAAAGGGGGAUGCUGCCGGCUCCCUGUAAACCAGAAGUGGGCGUCAUUUUUGGCCUGAGGGCCACAUCGGGGUAUGGAAAUUAUAGGGCAGGCCCUGAAUGCUCAUGAAAUUGGGGGUAGGGGUGCGGGCUCUGGAGUGGGGCCUGAAAU